GCUGCGCUUCCUCACCUCACCGCUCACUUCUAUCACACGGCUACACGGAGCGGAGAUCUCCUCCGACACUGACAGCGGGGAGCCCGGCACCGAGCAUGACCCCGGAGGAGGACACCACCGCCCUACUACAAGAGUAAAGAUAUAGCCCACAUGAGUAGAUGGAUAGACCGGACCAACUGAAAACUGUAAUGGCAGGGAAGAGGCAUUCAGGAGUCAUGGACCAUACUAUGUACAACAAGAUGUCACGGGUGGAGGCAGCACCGCAGAAUUCUAUACCUUGCACAGGAAAGGCGAUCCCUAAAGAUCUGCAGGUUUGCAAAAACUUCUUGACGUACCCUCUGUCCAACACUGAAGGCCAGCUUUCCUUUAAUCCCUGGAGUUCAACUACAGCAUAUCUCCAAUAUGCAGGCAAUGCCUUGCAUCAGAAUUUGCAGUCUGGUGGAAUUUCAAAGUGUCAAAGACAAGAAACUGAAAGGAGAAAUAACCCAUUGCAAUUGUCAAAUAAUUCAAGUAGCCAUUUUCCAGCUCACCAGCACCCUGUCAAUAAUUACCAUAUGUCUCCAUCUCGUGCAUAUGCUACAAUUGCUGUACCCCGUCCAGUAUACAGAAAUCCUAGCAGUUUUAUUGACAAAGCCUAUCAGACACAAGAAUUCCAGUCAAUGGGUGUUAAUGUAGGAUCACAGACCCUGUGCCCACCGAAUAUGGAAUGGAGCUGCUCUACCCAUUUUCCAUAUCCCUCUUCACCUCUAUAUGUGUCUGGGAUGAAAAGUUUUCAUCCAACACAUAAUGGAUACCUUGAGGCAACUACUAGUCCAUCGUCUCUCCCUCGGAGUGUGCAGGAGCUUGGUUCUGUUUACAGACACAGAACAGAAAUUAAUUCUUCAGUGGGAAGUUCUCCAUCAUGUUACCAAGAUGAAGUCUUUACAGAUCGCUUACGUCCUUUUGCACAACACAACAUUCCGCUGCUCUGUACAGAAGGCAAUGUCUCUGUAGGAAAAACAAGAAAUUCAGCUUUUACUACCCCCACACAUGAGCACUACAAAUGUAUUAACUAUCAAGGUAACCCAGACACCAGAAUAGGACAUAUGUAUUCAAAGGCUUAUUAUGAUAGUGCCAUGGACAGUUGCCACCAAAGAUCUGCUCUCUAUUCCUGCAAUGUGGAUAAAUCUGUGUCACCCCUUAGUGUAAAAGGGUCCAUCGCUUGUGCAAAAGCACAAAAACUGCAUUCAGGUUAUGCAAACCCAGAGCCUAGAGCAAAAGCUCAAGUUGAUGAUGGCACACAAAUUAGUCAGGCUCAGGCUGCCUUACAGUUUAACGGUAUGUCCAGAACCAGAGAGCCACAAAUUUGCCAGGGCCAGAUAGAUCAAGCUUCAUUGUAUGGAUCUGGUCAAAUGAACAGGAGAAGUUUAUGUGUGAACUCUUCAAAUAUGGACAAAGAGCAUGUACCCGGUUCAGCCCAUGUGAACAGUGAUUUGCAUGAAAGAGCCUUAUAUGAAAAGUCUAUCACAGAACAUAAUUCACAUGUUUCCUUUCUUCAGCAAAAUAGAACUUCUAAGAUAUUACUGGGGGACCCCACAAAAUGCAUGGUUGCUAACGAGUCUGUUAAAGAAAGUUCAUUAAUCUCAAAAGUGCCUUCGUCACCAGGUUCUUUACAUACUCUUGGUCACAGGCGAAUGUCAAAUGCUACAUUUGAUAAGCAGACUGUUCAUAGCCGCAAUCAGGCAGCCAAUACAGCGCAUGAAAAUUCUACAGUGUUGAAGUCGUCUGUCUCUUCUGGAUCAAUCUACCAACAUCAAAUGAGCAAUGACAAUCGGACGUCUAGGGAUGAGGCAAUACAAAGUCCACGCUGUGCUCUUCCUGAAGCUUCUAAAUUGGGUACAGAUGGUCCAAAAUCCCCCCCAAUGCCAGUGAUUAAUGAUGUGUUUAGCCUUGCCCCAUACCGUGCUUAUCUAGAGGGGACAGCACCCCAUCCAUUUCCAUCCAUCCAGGAAAGUGACGUGAAGAACAAUACAUCCACCUCUUUUUCUCCACCGAGGUCAGAAAAAGCCAGGGAAAUGGAAAAAGAAAUUAUUCCAGAUAUUGUUAAUACUGGGUGCCAUAAUACAGAAGGCACACAACAGCAAGCUGAUACAAAAACUAGAGAAUCUCGGGAUGCCCAAAUCCGCAGCAAUACAAUGAAUGCAGAGGUUCUGGAUCUCAGCUUAAAAAAAACACGGACUUGUUCCUCUACACAGGACCAAGGGAAAACGUCCCACAGUAGCCAUACGCCUUCCCCUAAACUAGUCAAUGAAAAAAACGUAUCUCAGGUCUCUGGGGGUUUGUCCAUUAAGGAGAGCUGCUUGUCUCAGCUUACAAGGAUAACUGCCCAUUCAAAAAAAGAACUACACGUGCCUCGCACUACUGUAAAAACACCUAUUACCAAUAUGGAAAACUCUCCAUCCCAGGCCUCUGAGAAAACAUCCCGCGUGGCUCAAUGUACUGCUGCCAAAACUUUUAUCUGCCAAAGCCAAGACAGCCGACCAUCUCAGGCAGUGGAGACUCGUGCUCAGGAGUAUCAAAGGAGUCCAGGAGCAUCAGAGGUAACACAGAGUCUGGCCCAUGAAAAUCUUGCAAGGCACAGCUUGCAUGCCAAUAAAAACCUUCUCUCUCUACUUCAUAAUACCAAUUACACAUAUCCGACCAAAAUCCAGUCCCUAUACUUGAAUGAGAAAUGCAAGUCUCAUUUAACCCAAAACUUAUCACAGCAGCUUGAGGGAAACUGUACAUCUCCGUCCUUGAACUUUACCCCUCAAGCUAAAAGCAAUUGCCGCCCUCAGACUGCAGAAGGCAAGCCUGAUCAACCUCUUGAGAGCUACCAGUCUAAUGCCACUAAGUGCCUAUCCCUUCAGGCAGCUGAGACACCACUGCCACACAAACAUCAAGAAACUAACACUUCUCAGACCCCAGAGACUCUUCAUCUUCAACAGAACUGUUCUUCUCGAGCCAAUGAGACAAUUUCACGCCACAGUUAUUACAACUGCAUAUCUGAGCCUGUUCAAAGUUCACCACAGUCUGCAAAUAUCUCACUAUUUGUAAAUACAAUCCAAACUCCCACCACUUUUCUUCCACAAACCUUUAUUUAUUCUUCUCCGGGUGCUGUUUUCUGCUCUAAUAAUCUUAACCUGCCUUCACAACAGCAUCAAAACCAGUCCACUGAAAAAAGAGCCAGAAAGUCUGUUGAUUCAUGCCAGUCAGAAACUUCACUUUCGGGAUCUGAAAAUGAGGGCACUGGCUUCAGCAGUUCUAAAGCAUUCAUGAUCCGUAAGUACAAAUUAAUGAAAUUUUCCAAUUCUGGACCUGAAGUCCAGAAAGCCAACAGUAAGUCUGCUUCCCAUGCAUUGCCUAGAAUGUUUCUACUUCGUUCUACUGGAGCACAGUCGCUACCUCCUAGCGCUCCAGAAUCAUCUCCAACCCUUGGGGAAGCUAAUGUGUCUUUGGCAAGUGCCGAUGAGCUCGCUCCGACUGGAUCUGGGCAACAGUUUUCAGAACUUCAUCGGUCCGUGAGAGCAGCUGUCACCAGUUCAGUAGCAAGAUCUCCAUCUAGCAUGCUUGAGGACUGGCUUGAGAAAACCAAGUAUGUAGAGAGAAGCAAGACUUCAGCAAAGACUAAAUCUGUUUCUAGACCAAAUGACCCAUCUCCAGAGUCACCUGGCCGUGACAUAUGGCAAGAGUUUGAUGGGGUUCGGUUACGUCUUUUUAAGCUGCUGUCUCAGUUAGAGACUUUUAUGUUUACUCGAAGUUGCCCUUUCCCACAUGUAAUACGGGCAGGUGCAAUUUUUAUUCCUAUUUACUUGGUAAAGGAAGUUUUGUUUGCGGAACUGGGCACAUCUAUAGAUCGAGUUUUGCAGAAGCACAAGGUAGAACUUCGUCCCACUACUCUAUCUGAAGAAAAGCUGCUCAGAGAGACUAAUCUGAAAGACUGCCCAUCUCGCAUGCUAAAAUUGCUAGCCCUUAAACAGUUGCCUGAUGUUUAUCCAGACCUAUUACACCUGUUUUGUGAACAUACUAUCCAGAAUCAUCUCGAUAGUUGCUCCAGAAAAGACUCUGAAAAAUUGGAAAGCCAAGCACCCAGUCCAUCAAAGGAGUCAGAGACUGUGUCACCUAGAAAAAGCAAGGCUUGUCUGACAAUGAGGCUACAGCAAGUCUAUAAGUCCCCAGGGAGCCGUGUGUAUAAGGCCUUACGGCAGAGACCUCUUGAGAAGAGAGUUAUAGAGAAGCUACAGGCAAAAAAAGUGUGCCGUAAAAAAAGCUACAGAGACCGAACACUAAUGACUUAUAAACUGAGAAGAAGGGUUCGGUCCAAGUGCGGCAAAAGUAAAGUUUUUCCAGAUUUAGUUGGAAAGCGCAUUCUUCAUUUGUUUGACGAUGGCGAGCAUGAAACUUGGUUCCCAGGUAAAGUCUUGCGCGUGCAUCGGCGUUUCCGUAAUCCACGAGACACGCAGUAUGAGGUUUGGUAUGAUGCUGAACCUGGCACUCGUUAUUUCUUAGAAUUACUACAGGACUAUGAAAAGGGAUGGCUAAAACUGGACAGUUAAUUCACCAAUCGCACACCAACCAGGCAGGCCUGGAGCACAGUGAUUGGCUUGAACUAAUCUGAUUUUUAAGUUUCUCUUUCUUAAUUUUGGGGACAGUUAUGUGAUUUCUGAAAGAAGUCCAGCAGUCUUCAAUUUUUUUUUUUUUUUUUUUAACUGUUUUUAUUAGUUUUAACAUGUUCAUUUUUCUAUUUUUUAUUAUUCGGGUAUCGGCAAUGUAUUUUGAUAGUAAAUAUUGGAGAACAAGUUUCUCUUUAAUAUAAAAAGUGCCUUAAAUAUUUCUGGUAUUUGUAUAUGUAUUAUUUAAGGUUAUGUUGUAUGUAAAGUUAAAAAUGAAUGAUGCCAGCAAUCGUGAAUUAAUGCCUUGCUACAGUUGCAAUAAAAAGUAUGUGAACCCUUUUGGAAUGAUAUGGAUUUCUGCACAAAAU